GCGCACUCGCGGGCCGCACUGAAAAGCCGGAGGCGGCGGCCGCUCGGGCUUCGCUCCGGUUCCCGGUGCCUGGCCCCUUCGGCCUCCUCCCGCACCCGCCAAACUUAAUGUGACCCCCCCUCCCUUUCUCCUCAGCCUGACGCGGCAGCCGCCGGUCUGUCUCCUCACCAGCCCGCACUCUUCUUCGGGGGCGCACGGCUCGCCUCGCCCCUGCCCACCUCGGGGCCGGGCGUCCCGCUCCCCUCUCCGCGUUCCCCCCUCACCAUGAGCACCGCGAAGCCGGACGUCGAGCACUGCACCGGCGCGGGCACCGGCACGGCUCCCAGCGGCCCGCUGGAGGAGGAGGUCCGAACACUGUUUGUCAGUGGCCUCCCUGUGGAUAUUAAGCCUAGAGAACUCUACUUGCUCUUCCGGCCGUUCAAGGGCUAUGAAGGGUCCCUGAUCAAGCUCACUUCAAGACAGCCUGUUGGUUUUGUGAUCUUUGACAGCCGGGCAGGAGCAGAAGCAGCCAAAAAUGCGUUGAAUGGUAUUCGCUUUGAUCCGGAGAACCCACAGACCCUGAGGCUAGAGUUUGCCAAAGCCAACACCAAGAUGGCCAAGAGCAAGCUAAUAGCGACACCAAAUCCCACCAGUGUCCACCCUGCCCUAGGAACACAUUUGAUUGCACGGGACCCUUAUGACCUGAUGGGGGCUGCACUGAUUCCUGCAUCCCCAGAGGCCUGGGCCCCUUACCCUCUCUACACCACAGAGCUGACCCCAGCCAUUUCACAUACUACAUUCACCUACCCAGCUGCUACUGCUGCCGCCGCUGCCCUACAUGCUCAGGUGCGCUGGUACCCCUCCUCGGAUACCACUCAGCAAGGAUGGAAGUAUCGCCAGUUCUGUUAGCUCCUCAGUCUUGUCGCCCUGGAGUGGGGCCUGUGCGGAACUGCUGCUUCCCUCUAGAUCUACACUGUGAAUCUGAAGCCUGACGUUCUCCCAAGGCCUUCCAGGCGGGUCGGGAGGCUGUCUUGCUGGGAUCCCACACCUAGGCCCAGCUUGCCGGCUUCAUUGGGAACCCAGCACAGCCUGACCUCCUGCUCAAACUUACUUCUGUAGUCCCCAUCAAGGAAAAGGAACGUUUAAUUUUGCAUGUUUAUGAAUUGUGACACUUAAACUUGUGCAUACGAGUGUACGGUUUGUUCCCGCACUGUUGCCAUAGCAACAGGUCUUGGCACUGGAGGCUUGUCAAGCCUAGUCUCUCUUCUCUCCACUCCUGACUCCUACAUCACCCUACUUCAGGGAGGCCUGAGUGUCCCCCUCCGCCCCACCCCGCCCCUCACACAUGCUCACACACACACCUGCAGUCUCCAUCCUCUCCUAGCAGCAGAUCCGCAGCCUCUCACCUUCACUUCUGAUUCAGAGUCCUGCGCUGCCUCCUUCUCCGUGGGCUGACAAGCCUAAGACACCUUCUUUGUGCUUACCUCCCCCAGUGCACCCCACCCUGCCACUGCUCUUCAUCUUCCUGAACUUUGAAACCAACCAAAACGUGAAAAGUAUUUUUGUACCCUGUGUAACAAAAUAUUUAUGGAUCAUAAAGGGUUUUUCAUGUGUUUACCAUUAAUUAUUGACGAGACCUUGUUCAGCCUGUCGGAUAAGUUUAAUGUUUAGUUUGAAGCAUGAAGAAAGGGGUUUCCGUUCCUUAGCAGUCGGCCUUUGUGCCAGGCGUUGGUUUAAGAAGAAUGAGAUGAAGGAUAAAUUGUGCAAUUUUGAUUUAUUUUAAAGCAUGUCUGUGCUUUAUACCUUUAACCUCAGCUCGGGUGUUUGGCCUCUUUGGACUGUGGGUGAUGUCUGGAGGUGGCUCUUGUAAUUGCUGACCCUGUGAGAAUGUGAAACUGGAUCAUAAAUGAAAUGCAAAAUAAAAACCUGAAGUGAC